AUGAAGAGGGAACACGAAGAAGAAAAAUCUGAUCCUUCAAAGCAGAAAGUCGAUGAUCUCCACGUUGAAUUCAUGACCCUUGACCUUGCCUCAUUGGAAAGUACAGUUACCUUCAUAGAAGCCUAUAAGAGCAGAGGUCUUCCUCUUCAUGUUCUUGUGUGCAACGCUGGUAUCUUCUGUGGUCCCAAGGCCCUGACGUCUGACGGGUACGAACCUCACUUUCAGAUCAACUAUCUCUCCCACUUCUUACUCAUCCUCCAUCUUCUACCUGUCUUGAAGAGAUCUGGUCCAGGAUCUCGAGUGGUCUCUGUUGCGUCCGGUAUGUAUCGGCUCGCCAGCUGGAAUGUCGACGAUAUGCAGUGCUUGGAGAACCCCGACUUGAAGAAUCGUUACGCUACCUCGAAAUACUAUCAGAUAAUGCACAUGUUCUCAUUGGCUCAACGUUUGGAAGAAAAAGGGGUCGGUGUGUUUUCGGUGCACCCGGGUGUGGUCGAUACAGAGAUUUGCAUGCGUGGUGGGCCGGAGGUACCGGUGCUGACGAAAAUUCGAAGGACCCUCGGGGCCAAAAUGUUGAGGUCUCCAUUUGAGGGUGCGCUGUCAUCACUUCAUGCCGCCGCUAGCCCGGUAUAUGAUGGGAAGACUGCGAUCUACUUUGAAAGCUCAACGCCCCGGGAUGUCACAGCUAUGGUCAGAGACAAGGAAAAACAGGAGAUUCUAUGGAAAUAUUCUCUUGAAUGCCUCAAGGAGUACAUUACAGAAGAUAUCUCGACGGAACUACCAUAAGCAUAAAACAAUGGCCUAGAAUGUUAGGCUUGUAUGAUAUAACGGCGUUCUACCUUUGCUUAAAGCCACACUGUCCUACUUGAAGCUAGUUGCUCCCUCCGUAUAGAAAACAAUGCCUAAUCGGUGACCAUUGGUCCCCCCGUGAUCCUCUUUUUCUUACGUUAACUGAGAGCUGAGCUGAUAGAUAACCAACUGUCCAGUGACCUUGCGGGUUGUCUAAUCCCUCCUAUAAACUCGUACAGAUAAGCUUUAAAGUAGCGGUUUUAUGAUAUGGUAUGAACAAUGUCGACAGAGGGAGUAUACGCUAAGCGUGUUGGGACAAUGGAUAUAUACAUUCAUAAACGGUAUGAUGGUUAUCUGCUUGAUAGUAUAGCGGUUUACCCCUAACCGUUGUCAACAGGAUGCGCAGAACGCAUCAUUGAGUAUUGCUUAAAUUGUUUUUCUAAAAAAAAAAAUCCACUUGCUAGACAUUCUCUUGUAACAUUCCCCCCCCCC